CCUCUGUCCAGGAGGCGGGGUGCUGCCAACCAUGCUGAUGCUCGACUUUCCCAGGUCCUCUUCCCAGGCCCGCGCAUACUGCCAUGGGCAUUCUAAGUUCUCUCACUUUUCAGCGUUGAGCUAAGAAAUUGAGCGGUGAAAAUCCGCGUCACCAGUCUGAAGCCUGUCAUUGGAAAACAUGCUCCUCACCUCCGCGCAGGUGUCGGUUGCCGUCUCGUCCGGCAUUGUUAUCCUCUGCACGGCGGCCCUAUUCCUCAGCGGCUACGCCCUCCAGCAGCGCACGCUGCGAGAACUGCGCGCGGCAAUCAAGCCGUCGCCCGAGCCGUCUCCCAAGAUCUUCCUGCCGGAUCGGUUUAAGGAGUCGGCAUCAGAGCUCGAGGACGGCACCGUCGUUACGCUCGACGACGAGGGCGACGAGGGCGAUACGGGACAGAAGGAUGGACAGGUCAUAGAAGUCAAGCCCACGUUGCCGGACCAAACCCCUAGCCAAAAACACUUAUCACCUGGGCGAGGAGCUGCUUGGGGCAGGAGGAAGGGAAAUGGCGCGCCGCAAGAGCACGACCGCCAACAACCGCAGAAGCCGAUGAGUAGGGCAGAGCGGCGGCGGCGGAUUCGGGAAGAGAUCAUGAAGAUGGGACAGGGCGAGGACCCGGUGGGGUACCACCAGCGGAAGCAGUGGUGAACAGGGCAUGACGGGCAUCGGGGAGGCGUGGUAUGGUCUGGCGGGUAUGUUGGCGAUAUCGUGGGCGGUCUCUUGACUUUGAGGAACAAGUCUCGGGGAAUAUCGGUCUGUUCAGGCGUUUUGGGGUACAAUGGGCCGGCGGUGACGGGUAUGGAAAGGCUGCAUAUACACUACGCGA